UUUCUCUUCUUAAUUCUCUUUCUCACACAAACUAAACAAACAACAUUUUCCUUUUUUUCUUUCAUUUAGAUCUUAAAAAAAGGGAGAAAAAAAAAGAGAGAAUUUUAUUUACAAAAAGCCAACAUGGGAGUUGAUAAUGAGGUGUUUCAGAAAAAUUACGUAAAGAAAAACAAUAUGAAGAGAUUUUCAUUGAAAUAUCCAAUUCAAUAUGUGCUUGAAAAGCAAAGACUUGUAUGUCUUUUGAUUGGAAUUGGCAUGUCUGUUGUUAUUUUUUCUCUGGUUUCUGUAUCUUCUUCUCCUCUGAGGUCCGAGUUUAAGAUUGAUAUUCAAGAUACAAAUACAUUUGUGUCGAAUCCAAUUCCAAGAAGAAUAGCAUACGAGUUGGUUGAUGAAGCUGACCACAACAUUAAUGCAGGUGGAAAGGUUCCAUUGGGAUUGAAGAGCAAGAGUUUGAGAAUAUUAGUAACAGGAGGAGCUGGAUUUGUUGGGAGCCAUUUGGUGGACAGAUUAAUAGCACAAGGAGAUAGUGUAAUUGUGGUUGAUAAUUUUUUCACAGGUCGAAAAGAGAAUUUAUUACACCAUUUCAAGAACCCUAGAUUUGAACUCAUUCGACACGACGUCGUUGAGCCAAUAUUGUUGGAAGUUGAUCAGAUUUAUCAUUUGGCAUGUCCAGCUUCUCCUGUUUCUUACAAGUAUAAUCCAGUCAAGACCAUCAAAACAAAUGUGAUGGGAACAUUGAACAUGUUGGGAUUAGCAAAAAGAAUAGGUGCUCGAUUUUUGCUUACAAGCACAAGUGAAGUGUAUGGUGAUCCAUUGCAACAUCCUCAGGCUGAAACUUAUUGGGGCAAUGUUAAUCCCAUUGGUGUUCGUAGUUGUUAUGAUGAAGGAAAACGUACAGCUGAAACUUUGACCAUGGACUACCAUAGAGGACUCAACAUUGAGGUUAGGAUUGCUAGGAUUUUCAACACAUAUGGACCACGUAUGUGCAUAGAUGAUGGUCGUGUUGUGAGCAAUUUUGUUGCACAGGCCUUGAGAAAGGAGCCAAUGACAGUUUAUGGAGAUGGGAAACAAACCAGGAGCUUUCAGUUUGUUUCUGAUUUGGUAGAAGGUUUGAUGAGGUUGAUGGAAGGAGAUCAUGUAGGUCCUUUCAAUCUUGGGAAUCCUGGGGAAUUCACCAUGCUUGAAUUAGCUAAGGUGGUGCAAGAAACAAUAGAUCCAAAUGCAAAGAUAGAAUUUAGGUCAAAUACAGAAGAUGAUCCUCACAAGAGGAAACCUGACAUUACAAAAGCAAAACAACUUCUUGGGUGGGAGCCAACAGUUUCCCUCCGGCAAGGACUUCCGAUGAUGGUUGAUGACUUCCGGCAACGGAUUUUCGGCGACGAGAAGCGAGAUUCUGGUAGCCUGUUGACUAUAUAAUUGAGGUUUUCUCCAUUCAUUUGAGCCAUGAAAAUGGUUAAGUGGAGAAAAAUGAAAAGAAAUUAUAAUAACAAGAGAGGCUCUUUCAGAGUUUUUUUUUUUUGUUAGUGCAUCGGACUGUCCUUUUUUUUUUUUAAUUAUUAAACUAUUUCCAGAAUAAUAUCCUCUAUUGAAAGAGGAUGGUAGAAUAUAAAAGAAUGUUUUUGAUGCAUUAGUAAAGUUAAGAUUGCUCUUGUGCUUUUGA